CUGGGAGUCCCUGGCCCCGGGGGCGAGGCCCCGGCACCCGGAGAGGUACCCGCCGGCCUCGGAGAGCCGCUCCUGGUUUGCAAAGAUGCAGCUGAGGCCGCCACCGUGCCGCCGCGGCCGCUCGCACCUCAGUGAGUGGCUGACCCUAGUGACCUGUCUUCAGCGGUGUGCAGGGAGACAGCCGCCCGGCCGGCGCGCAGGCGAGCGCUGGGGAGCCAGCCCGGACCAUACUGUGCGGUUGGAGAAGGAUACGGAAGGGCAGGCGCAGGCCGGGGAGUUGGAAGAGGCCGUUUCAGCACCACCUGCACCCGGGACAGCUCCCAGAGCGACCCGAGGACUCGAUCCAGCCCGCGCUCCGCCCACGCCGCACAGAAAGCAGGAUCGCUGUCUGUUUUUUCACCUGUUUGAUUCCACCAAAGGCUGUUUACAAACUCUUUGCUUUGCCGUGGACUUUGGGAGCCAGUCAGCCCUGGAGCUCUUUGCUCACCUGCCAGUAAAGCCUAGUCCAGCUGUGCAGCUUGAUCUACCACAUUAUCCGCCUGUCAAGCAAAGGAGGAGGCGAGAGAGUGCAUUCCUACCAUUAUUAAGGACUAGCAGGGCAGCCAACCGCCACCCCCACUUCCCUCAGUAUAAUUACCAGGUUCAGGUGGCUGAAAACCAGCCUCCAGGGACUCCUGUGAUAACUAUGGCAGCACAAGACCUCGAUUCAGGGGAGGCUGGGAAGCUGGUCUACUCCAUGGAUGCCCUGAUGAACAGCAGGUCCAUGGAGCUGUUUAGCAUUGACCCCAAGAAUGGUCUCAUCACCACCACCAAAGCUUUGGAUAGAGAGACUAUGGACCUGCACUAUUUCCGGGUUACUGCUGUGGAUCAUGGGGUCCCCCGUCUUUCUGCUACCACCAUGAUUGCUGUAACUGUUGCUGACCGAAAUGAUCAUGAUCCUGUUUUUGAGCAGAGUGAGUACAGAGAGACUAUUAGGGAAAAUGUAGAAGAAGGCUACCCUAUCUUACAGCUGAGGGCCACGGAUGUGGACUCCCCACACAAUGCAAACAUCAGGUAUCGAUUUGUGAAUGAGCAAGCAGCCCACUCUGUCUUUGAGAUAGAUCCCAGGUCAGGUCUGAUCACCACCAGCGGGCAAGUGGACAGAGAGAAAAUGGAGAAAUAUUCUUUGGUGGUGGAGGCAAAUGACCAGGGUAAGGAGCCUGGGCCCAGAUCUGCCACAGUUAAAGUCUAUAUCACAGUUCUGGAUGAGAAUGACAAUUCCCCUCAGUUCAGUGAAAAACGCUACAUCGUCCAGGUGAGAGAGGAUAUAAGACCCCAUACAGAAAUCUUGCGAGUUACUGCCACUGACGUGGACAAAGACAAUAAUGCUUUAGUCCAUUAUAACAUCAUCAGUGGGAACAGCAGAGGCCAGUUCUCCAUUGACAGUGUGACUGGGGAAAUACAGGUGGUGGCACCUUUGGAUUUUGAGGUUGAACGUGAAUAUGCCCUGAGGAUACGUGCUCAGGAUGCAGGGCGCCCUCCUUUGUCUAACAACACUGGCAUGGCCAGCAUCCAAGUAGUGGACAUUAAUGAUCAUGCCCCAAUCUUUGUCAGCACCCCCUUUCAAAUCUCUGUCCUGGAAAAUGCCCCCCUUGGCCAUUCAGUGAUCCACAUCCAGGCAGUGGAUGCAGAUUACGGGGAGAACUCUCGUCUGGAAUAUAAACUAACUGGGGUCUCAGCUGACACCCCUUUUGUGGUGAACAGCGCCACUGGGUGGAUCACAGUGAGUGGCCCCUUGGACCGUGAGUCAGUGGAGCACUAUUUCUUUGGGGUAGAGGCUCGGGACCAUGGCUCUCCAUCCUUAUCUGCCUCCGCUAGUGUCACCAUCACUGUCAUGGAUGUGAAUGACAAUCGACCUGAAUUCACCCAAAAGGAGUAUUUCAUCCGGCUAAAUGAGGAUGCUGCUGUGGGGACCAGUGUUCUCAGUGUCACAGCAAUCGACAGGGAUGUGAACAGUGCCAUAAGCUACCAGAUAACUGGGGGGAACACCCGGAACCGCUUCUCUAUCAGUACUCAGGGAGGAGUGGGGCUGAUCACUCUCUCUCUACCCUUGGACUACAAGCAAGAGAGGCGUUAUGUGCUUACAGUGACUGCCUCUGACCGGACACUGCAUGACAACUGUCACAUUCAUAUCAACAUCACUGAUGCCAACACCCAUCGGCCUGUGUUCCAGAGUGCCCACUAUUCAGUGAGUGUCAAUGAGGACCGUCCUGUGGGCAGCACUGUGGUGGUCAUCAGUGCCACCGAUGAUGAUGUGGGGGAAAAUGCCAGGAUCACUUAUUACCUAGAGGACAAUAUUCCUCAGUUUCGUAUUGAUGCGGACUCUGGUGCCAUCACAUUGCAGGCAGAGCUGGACUAUGAAGACCAGGUCACCUACACCUUGGCCAUCACUGCCAAAGAUAAUGGGAUCCCUCAGAAAGCGGACACCACCUAUGUAGAAAUCAUGGUGAAUGAUGUAAAUGACAACGCCCCUCAGUUUGUCAGUGCUCACUAUCAAGGCAUUAUAUCGGAGGAUGCCCCUCCAUUCACCAGUGUGCUCCAGAUCUCUGCCACCGACCGCGAUGCCCACACCAAUGGGCGGGUACAAUACACCUUCCAGAAUGGGGAGGAUGGGGAUGGGGAUUUUACCAUAGAGCCCACCUCUGGGAUUAUCCGUACUGUCCGCAGGCUGGACCGAGAGAGUGUCCCAGUCUAUGAGCUGACUGCCUAUGCUGUGGACAGGGGGGUCCCCGCGCAAAGAACCCCAGUCAACAUUCAAGUCACUGUUCAAGAUGUGAAUGACAAUGCCCCUGUUUUCCCAGCUGAAGAGUUUGAGGUUUUGGUGAAGGAGAACAGCAUUGUGGGCUCUGUGGUGGCCCAGAUCACAGCCAUUGACCCAGAUGAGGGACCUAAUGCCCAGAUUAUGUAUCAGAUUGUGGAAGGCAACAUCCCUGAGAUCUUCCAGAUGGACAUAUUUUCUGGGGAGCUCACUGCCUUGAUUGACCUGGAUUAUGAGACAAAGCCCGAGUAUGUAAUUGUGGUCCAGGCAACGUCUGCCCCCCUGGUCAGCAGAGCCACAGUCCACAUCAAACUCAUUGACCAGAAUGACAAUAGCCCUGUCCUCAGGAACUUCCAGAUCCUCUUCAACAACUACAUUUCCAACAGGUCCAACACCUUCCCUUCGGGGGUCAUAGGGAAGAUCCCGGCUUAUGACCCAGAUGUGUCCGACAGGCUCUUCUACACUUUUGAACGGGGCAAUGAGCUGCACUUGUUGAUUGUAAAUCAGUCAAGUGGUGAGCUGAGGCUGAGCCGUAAGCUGGACAAUAAUCGUCCCCUGGUGGCCUCCAUGCUGGUGACGGUCACAGAUGGGAUCCACAGCGUGACAGCCCAGUGCGUCCUGCGUGUCAUCGUCAUCACAGAGGACAUGCUGGCCAACAGCAUCACAGUGCGGCUGGAGAACAUGUGGCAGGAACGCUUCCUCUCGCCGCUGCUCACCAGCUUCCUGGAGGGCGUGGCCACUGUGUUGGCCACACCCAAGGAGGAUGUCUUCAUCUUCAACAUCCAGAACGACACGGAUGUGGGUGGCUCGGUGCUGAACGUCAGCUUCUCAGCGCUGGCUCCCCGGGGCGGCCACUUCUUCAGCUCAGAGGAGCUUCAGGAGCAGUUGUACAUGAAGCGCAUGACUCUGACCUCCGUCUCCAUGCUGGAGGUGCUGCCCUUCGAUGACAACGUCUGCCUGCGGGAGCCAUGCCAGAACUACAUGAAGUGCAUCUCCGUGCUCAAGUUCGACAGCUCGGCCCCCUUCAUCGCCUCCCCAUCCACCCUCUUCCGGCCCAUCCAUCCCAUCACAGGCUUGCGCUGCCGCUGCCCCCAGGGCUUCACUGGGGACUACUGUGAAACCGAGAUCAACCUGUGCUACUCCAACCCCUGCCAUAACGGGGGCAUCUGCACCCGCAGGGAGGGUGGCUACACCUGCAUCUGCCACCAGCACUUCACAGGUGACAACUGCGAGGUGGACAGCCGCUCGGGGCGCUGCCUCCCUGGCGUGUGCAGGAACGGCGGCACCUGCACCAACUCUGCGGAUGGCGGCUUCCAAUGCCAGUGCCCCUCCGGGGGCUUUGAGAAGCCCUACUGUGAAGUCUCCACGCGCUCCUUCCCCCCCAAGUCCUUCGUCAUGUUCCGGGGGUUGCGCCAGAGGUUCCAUCUCACCCUCUCCCUCUCGUUCGCCACCCUGGAGCGCAGCGGCCUCUUGCUCUACAAUGGGCGCCUGAAUGAGAAGCACGACUUCCUGGCCGUGGAAAUCAUUGAUGGGCAGGUUCAGCUGAAAUACUCCACAGGUGAGUCGAGCACCCUGGUGACCCCGUACCUGCCGGGGGGUGUGAGUGAUGGGCAAUGGCAUACAGUGCAGCUCCGCUACUACAACAAGCCCAAGAUUGGCUCCCUGGGGGUGGUGCAGGGGCCUUCCAAAGACAAGGUGGCCAUCCUGAUCGUGGAUGAAUGCGAUGCAUCAGUGGCGCUGCAGUUCGGCAGUGAGAUUGGCAACUACUCCUGCACAGCAGAGGGCACGCAGUCCAGCUCCAAGAAGUCCCUCGACCUCACAGGGCCCCUGCUCCUCGGAGGGGUCCCCAAUCUGCCUGAGAACUUCCCAGUGGCCCACAGGGACUUUGUGGGGUGCAUGAGAGACCUGUACAUCGACAACAAACGGAUCGACCUGGCUACCUACAUUGCAAACAAUGGGACCUCUGCAGGAUGCCACGCCAAGCACACCUUCUGCGAGUCCAACCCCUGCAAGAACGGUGGCACCUGCUCAGUGGGCUGGGGAACCUUCUCCUGUGAGUGCCCCGUGGGCUUCGGGGGCAAGGACUGCAGGCAUGCCAUGCACCAUGCUCACUAUUUCCAUGGCAACAGCAUCCUUUCCUGGGACUUCAAGAAUGAGGUGAAGAUCUCCAUACCAUGGUACGUGGGGCUGGCGUUCCGGACACGCCAGCUGGACGGGGCACUGCUUCAAGCUCAUGCCGGCCAGUACACCACCAUCCUCUGCCAGCUGGACUCUGGCAUGCUCUCCUUCACGGUGAGUAGAGGCUCUGGGCAUACCAUCAAGCUCCUCCUGGACCAGAUGCACCUGAGCGAUGGGAAGUGGCACGACCUCCAGCUGGAGCUGCGGGAUGUUCGCAGUGGGCGCGACGUGCGCUAUAUCAUCACUGUCAGCCUGGACUUUGGGCUCUACCAGGACACAGUGGUUGUUGGAAAUGAGCUGCAUGGGCUGAAGAUGAAGCAUCUUCACAUUGGGGGGAUCCCAGGGUCUGGCGAGGUGCAGAGUGGUCUGAAGGGCUGCAUACAGGGGGUGCGCCUAGGUGACACGCCCUCUGGGAUGGCAUUACCCAAGCCCAACAGAGCUUUGAACAUGGAGGCAGGAUGCAGCAUGCCCAACCCCUGUGACUCCAGCCCUUGCCCUGCCAACGGUAUCUGCAGGGAUGAGUGGCAGAGCUACUCCUGCGUGUGCCAGCCAGGAUACUACGGUGGGGACUGCGUGGACGUGUGCCACCUGAACCCCUGCAAGAAUAAGUCAGUGUGUCGACGGAAGCCAGGCUCUCCCCUUGGCUACGUGUGUGAGUGUGGAGGAAACCACUUUGGGCAGUACUGCGAGCACAGGGUGGAUCAGCAAUGUCCGAAGGGCUGGUGGGGGAACCCGACCUGUGGGCCCUGUAACUGCGACGUGAACAAGGGCUUUGACCCAGACUGUAAUAAAACCAACGGGCUGUGCCACUGUAAGGAGUUCCAUUACCGUCCCAAAGGGAGUGACACCUGUCUGCCCUGCGACUGCUACCCCAUUGGCUCCUCCUCGCGCUCAUGUGACCAGGAAAUGGGCCAGUGCCUCUGCAGGCCCGGAGUGAUAGGUCGACAGUGCAACAGCUGUGACAGCCCUUUUGCAGAGGUGACGCCAAGUGGCUGUGAGGUGCUCUAUGACGGCUGCCCUAAAACCCUGAGAGCUGGUGUCUGGUGGCCUCAGACCAAGUUUGGGCUCCCAGCUGCAGUGCCUUGUCCCAAAGGCUCCUUGGGUUUGCGGGGUGCAGGUGCAGCAGUUCGCCACUGCGAUGGAGAGAGGGGUUGGUUGGAACCCGAUCUCUUCAACUGCACGUCGCCUGCCUUCAAGGAGCUCUCGACACUGCUGGAGGGCCUGGAGAGGAACGAGACGGAGCUGAACACCAUUGAGGCGAAGAAGCUGGCGCACCGGCUGUGCGCAGUGACGGACCAGAUGGAGCGCUACUUCGGCAACGACGUUCACAUCACCUACCGCCUGCUGUCCCGCCUGAUGGAGUUUGAGAGCAGGCAGCAUGGCUUCGGCCUGACCGCCACCCAGGACGCCCACUUCAACGAGAACCUGCUGAGGGCAGGCAGCUCGGUGCUGGCCCUGGAGAACCAGGAGCACUGGGACGUGCUGCUGCAGAGCGACCAUGGCAGCAUGGGGCUGAUGGAGCAGCUGAGAGAGUACACGGGCACGCUCGCCAGCAACAUGAAACUCACCUACCUGAACCCCCUUGGCGUGGUGACCCCCAACAUCAUGCUCAGCAUUGACCGCAUGGAGAACCACACCCACGUCCGGCGACGCUACCCCCGCUACCACAGCAGCCUUUUCCGGGGGCAGGCCAUGUGGGACCCACACACCCACGUGGUGCUCCCGCUCUCAGUGCUUACACCCCCCAAAGUGGAAGCAGCCACCAUGCCCAUGAGCAGGGAAGUGAAUGACACAGUGGAGAGCUCUUCCCCAAAGCUGACCCUCCCGGAGCCCGAGCCUGCCGUCACCAUCAUCAUCCUCAUCAUCUACCGCACCUUGGGGGGGCUGCUGCCAGCCCGCUAUCAGGUGGAUCGCCGCAGUCUCAGACUGCCCAAGAACCCUGUCAUGAACUCCCCCAUAGUGAGCGUGUCCGUGUUCAGCAACCACACCUUCGUCCAGGGCACUUUGGACAUGCCCCUGGUGCUGGAGUUCCGCCUGCUGGAGACGGCCAACCGGAGCAAGCCCCUCUGUGUCCAGUGGAAUCAUUCCAGCCAGACUGACCCUUCCGGCUUCUGGACAGCAAGGGACUGUGAUCUCGUGUUCAGAAACACCACGCAUGUGCGCUGCCAGUGUUCCCAGUUUGGCACCUUUGGGGUGCUGAUGGAUAGCUCCCACCGGGAGCAGCUGGAGGGUGACCUGGAGACCCUGGCCAUUGUCACCUAUUCCUUGGUGUCUCUUUCUCUUGUGGCCUUGCUGCUGACCUUCUCCUUCCUGACAUGUCUGAAAGGCCUCAAGUCCAACACCAGGGGCAUCCACUCCAACAUAUCUGUCACCCUUUUUUUCUCCGAGCUGCUCUUCCUCUUGGGCAUCAACCGCACUGAAAAUCAGUUCCUCUGCACUGUGAUUGCCAUCCUGCUGCACUACUUCUUCCUCUCCACCUUCGCCUGGCUCUUCGUGCAGGGCCUCCACAUCUACCGCAUGCAGACCGAAGCCCGCAACAUCAACUUCGGAGCCAUGAGGUUCUAUUAUGCCAUUGGCUGGGGGGUGCCUGCCAUCAUCACCGGACUGGCCGUUGGCUUGGACCCAGAGGGCUAUGGGAACCCAGAUUUCUGCUGGAUUUCUAUCCACGAUAAGCUGGUCUGGAGCUUUGCAGGCCCCAUUACUGUCGUCAUUGCGAUGAACGGGGUGAUGUUCCUGCUAGUGGCCAAGAUGUCAUGUUCCCCAGGCCAGAAGGAGACCAAGAAGAAAUCAGUUCUCAUGACGCUGCGAAGCUCCUUUGUUCUGCUUCUAGUUAUUAGCACUACCUGGCUCUUUGGCCUCUUGGCUGUCAACAACAGUGUCCUGGCUUUCCACUACCUCCACACUGUCCUCUGCAGUCUCCAGGGCCUGGCCGUGUUGGUUCUGUUCUGUGUCCUGAAUGAAGAGGUGCAGGAGGCCUGGAAACUGGCCUGCCUUGGCAAGAAGAGUCAGGGCGAGGAGGCAGCUAGAUCUGUGCAGGGCCCCAAUGCCUAUAAUAACACGGCCCUGUUUGAGGAGAGCGGCCUCAUUCGCAUCACCCUGGGGGCCUCCACCAUCUCCUCAGUCAGCAGCGUGCGCUCAGCCCGCACCCAUUCCAGCCAGAGGGGCUACCUCAGAGAGAAUGUGAUGGCGCGUCAGGGCUCAGCCUUGGAUCAUAGCCUGCUUGGUCACACCGGCCCCACGGACCUCGAUGUGGCCAUGUUUCACCGUGAUGCAGGGGGAGACCAAGACUCCGACUCAGACAGUGACCUUUCCCUGGAUGAGGAGCGCAGCCUUUCCAUCCCAUCGUCGGAGAGCGAGGAGAACGUGCGCCUCCGGGGCCGGUUCCAGCGCCAGUUCAAACGGGCAGCGCACAGCGAGCGGCUCCUCACCAACCCCACCAGCACCACUCCCAAAGAUGUGGAUGGCAAUGACCUGAUGUCCUAUUGGCCAGCCCUGGGCGAAUGUGAGGUUCACCCCUGCUCUCUGCAGAAAUGGGGGUCUGAGCGGAAGCUGGGCUUUGACAUCAACAAGGAUGCUGCCAACAACAACCAGCCAGACCUGGCCCUGACCAGUGGGGAUGAGAACUCCCUCACCCAGACCCAACGCCAGAGAAAAGGGAUUUUGAAGAAUCGCCUCCAGUACCCUCCAGCUCUGCAAGGCUUACCAUCCGUUGGCAGAAUGACCAACGAGCUUUCAUGGUACAAAACAUCCACCCUGGGUCACAGGGCUGUUCCUGCUGCCUCUUAUGGCAGAAUCUACUCUGGUGCAGGCAGCCUCUCUCAGCCAGCUAGCCGGUACUCUUCCAGGGAGCAACUCAACCUGCUGAUGAGAAGGCAGAUGUCCAGAGAACAGCUGAGCAGGAACGACGCUGGGGAAUACUUGGAAGCUGUACGCAGCAGGCAUGGGUCCAGGGAGGAACUAGACACCAUUCUCAACAGGCCUGGAUCAAGGGAGCAACUGGACACUAUCCCUAGUAGGCAUGGGUCUAGAGAACAUCUGGAAAAUAUACCCAGCAGGCAUGGGUCUAGAGAAGACUUAGAUACAUUAGCUUCCAGGCCUGAUCAGAAAGAUCAUGGGAAUACACUACCCAGGAAGCAGGGUUCUAGAGACCAUCUAGAUACUUUACCCAGUCAGUUUGGCUCAAGAGAACUACUAGACUGUGGGCCAGUAAGAGAGGUCUCUAGAGAGUGGCUCAACACUUUGCCUAACAGGCAAGUAUCUAGAGAUCGAAUGGACACUUUACUAAGUCGAGACAUUUCUCGAGAACAAUUAGAUCUGCUUUCAGGAAGACAGCCUUCAAGGGACCAGCUAGCGUUAGCUAGACAAACUUCAAGAGAGCAGUUGGACUUUUUAUCCAGAAGAUCUAAUUCCAGAGAGCACCUGGAUACAGUGCCUAGUAGGCAUCCAUCACGGGAAAAUCUGGAGUUUUUUUCUAGAAGACAGCCAUCCAGAGAAAAUCUAGAACCACUUUCUAGAAGGCUUCCUUCUAGAGAAAAUCUAGAACCUCUGUCUAGGAGACAGCCUUCUAGGGAAAAUCUGGAAGCAAUCCCUAGCCGACAUCCUUCCACUGAGCAAUUAGAUAUCCUUUCUUCCAUCCUUGCUUCUUUUAAUUCUUCUGUCCUGUCCUCUGUGCAAUCCUCCAGUACUCCCUCUGGCCCACAGACCACAGCAACGCCCUCUGCUGUGCAGACUUCCUCAACGCCUUCUGUGCUGUGCCCGUCACCACCUCUCUCUGCUACAUCCCACAGUAUCUCUGAGCUGUCGCCAGAUUCAGAAAUAACAAGAAGUGAAGGUCAUUCCUGAGGGGCCCAAGCUGCUGCGAGAGCGAAGGAAGAAGCAGGGAUGAUUGCCUGGCCAGACACUUUCAGCAGAGGUUUGGAGUCUCUGGGUGCCAGGCACCUACAAGGAAAGAACUGAUGAUGGUGGUCAGAGGCCCAAAUUCACCCCGCCCUUCCCACCCAUCGGUUCUGGAGAACUCGUGGGGGGAGAGUCAGGCAAACCAUCUCUGGGAGGAAGCGGUCUCAGGUACCUCUGCACCAGAAUGGAGCUGCACUGACCUAUCGCCUGCUCAGCAGGGCACUCCCAGAGGCGGGGAGAAGUACAACACCAUGAGCAAACCCAGGCUGGUGCCGCUGGUUACAUAUCAAAAGCAAACAGACAGAAAUCUUCCUUUCUGAACCAUUUCUACACUCUGUGUGUGUGUAAGAGAGAGAGAGAAAGGGAGAGAGAGAGAGAGAGAGAGAGAGAGGGCGGGGUGGGGCUGGCCACAGAAGAUGGGGCAGGGGCGGGUUUUAUACAUUUUGUAUCUUUGUAAUCAGAGAGAAGAGAAUUUCUAUGGUUAUUUUUACGGAAUGUUCUGUUCCCGUUGCUGUGAUGCUGACAGUGUUUGUCUUGACAGCGACUCCCAGCUGUGACUAGAGGGGCUGCUGCUGGGCUUUCCACAGUGGGGCUGUGCGUGUGGAAGCCCAGAUCCCAGUGAGCGGCUUUCUCCAGGCUUUCCUUUGUGUUGUGUCCUGUCCCCUCCCAUCCCAUGUCUGGCUCACACUAGUGAUCACACUAGCAGACAUAUGGGACAGAAGGGGUAGCCCUGGGUGAGCACUACACAUCCGGACCUGCAGUACUCCCUGCUCUUCCUGCCAACACCCGUGUCAUGCUGCUCCCAGGGCCAGUCCCACUCUCUCCCAGCAUCCUGGAUUUUCUAGUCCUGCAUAUACUGUAGCUCAUCAAUGCAUUUCAGCUCUCAGGAGAAGUCUCCUACUGUCUGAGUGCUGAGGAGAGGCUACCAGUUGCAUCCAGCUGGACUGAGUUUUGUGCUGGGUAGAAGCCCAUGUUUGUGUUAGAGCUGUGUUGUGUCACACAGCCAUUGCUCGAAACAGGGGCAGAGUGGGAACGCCUGCUGAGUUCAUAGGGUUAGCAUGCAGGAAGGCAAAGCCGAUCUGUGAGAGCUCCUGCCGAAUGAAACAAGCCUCUGAGAAGCCUUCCAAAGGAGCCUCAUCUCUGCGCCUCUCCCCGAGUGUCCAUCUCCAAAGGCCCGAGUCCCCAGCAGGCCCCUCUCAGCAGGGAGGAUGGGGGAGAACACUGAUUUCUGUUAGCCACCAUCACAUGUGCAGUGUCCUCUUUUUUCCUAGUAUUGACUGGAGCAAACCCCUUCCAUCCUCGCAUCCCCAGGAGCCUCUGCGUUACAGACUGGCUCACGGGGAGAGGAUGGACACCACUCUCCAUGGGAGCUACUGCAGAAUAGUGGGGAAAUUUCCCCUGUGCAGUCUCCCAGAGUGGGCAAUUCCCCAAGCCCCAGGUUAGCACCAAGUGGCCCACAGGGGAGGAGAUUGGAGAUGGGCCCAGCCAGCCAGGGAGCAUGGCUGGAGGGCGCUGGCCAGGGCAGCAUUGUUGCAAUAGAGGAGCAGCCUCUUAUCUCCAUUUUAUACUCCAGUCCCUAGCACACAGGAGCUAGCAUCUCCCUUGGCCUGUACUGCAGGCUGCACUUUUGUCGGGCACAGAUUCCCGUAAUAGGCUCAUAGUAAGUCUAUCCCCCGGCGGCUCCAUGUGCAUGUCCACGCAUGUGCACCCCUCCCCGCCGUCCCAAUGCUCCCCUGGCAGCAGUGGUAGCUGCCCUGUCUGCUGCAAAGGCCCACAGCUCAGAAUGGCCUGAAUGUUGAGAGGGAGAGGGCAGCUGUUUUCAACACACUGUAGUUUGACAUUUAUGCCACCCUGACGGCUUAUCCUUCCUCCCCACACCAAAGGGGAUGAGGACUUCGAUUAUCCCAAGGACUCCCUCGUGCUCCCUGCUAUUUUAUAUGCUGGAUUUGUGCUAAUUGAACCCGACAUGAAAAUGGAAGUAAAAGAAAGCUUGCCAAUGCCCCGCCCCCCCCCCCAGCCCUCUUUGACUGGUGUAUUGCUGCUGGUUUCCCCAGAGGCACAGGCAUUACCUCCCCCUGCCGUGGGCAACAGUCUGUGCCUGGCUGUACUCUCUCAACCACCAAUGCCGUCCAUUUUGAUUGUCAAAAGCAAUGUGUUUACUAAAGUGAGCAUGGGGUGCUAUCUGUCUCUCUCCAGGCUGCAGCCCUCAGUGGCCUCCUGUGUCUUGCUCUGGUUAUCACCCACUUAGAGAGUAAUGACACCCUAUUUACUGCCUUAUUACCAUAGAACACUGUAGCGUAAUGUUGACUCAAAUUAUGUAAUGUUUACACAAGGAGAGUUUUUCCACUGAUUGUGCAAACAGGAUGGAAGGUGGUUUGCAUCCUCUGAGACCUAGCCACCCUGGUGCUGCCGAUGCCACCACCAGCAGGAGCCUUGGAAAUGUUAAUGGUGAUUGAAAACUGUAUUCUCAAAUACACUCCACAGUUGGCAGCUGGUGCAAAGGGCCUGGUGACCUUCCAGCCUGCGGCCUGAGCAAAGUGUGCACAGAAGGAGGAGAACCUCUGCCUUGGAAGCAAUUGGUCAGAGCUGCCUCAUGGCCCACGUCUGACGUGAGCAAGGCCCUUGAGGAGUGGAGGAAACUCCCCGCACCUGCCCUGGUUGCAUUGCCCACCGCAGCAUUGCAGCUCGCACAUUCACUCUCCUCGACUGGCUGUGGAGACUAGGGCAGCAUGCUGCAGCCCUGCCCCCCAAGAUGGGCAGAUGGGCAGAUGGGCAAGAGGGCUACACACACCUACUUGUUUACAGAAAGGAAGCUCUAACGUGCAGUGGAGCAGAAAGCACAGGCCACGAUAUUGGCCUUCUGUCUUGAAAUAGCAGGUUCUGACAACACUGGGGAAUGCAGACUCCCCAUCUGUGCUGGUCACCCUCUGGCGCCUUCUCAGUGCCAUGUUCCUUUCAGGAAAGAUCUUGUUUACACUGUUUCUUCAGGCUGUAUAUAACCAGGACCUAGAGCUCUGUUUGUUACACUGAUUUCUACGACUGCAUCUUUCUUCAAAUGCUGUUUGUACCGUCCAUCCUGUUGUGAGUCCAUGGGGAUCUGUGCCACUUAUUAUCACCAAAAAGCUGGGUGGGUUGGCUUGGAACUGGGUUUUGAAUGGAACCGAUUUUCUGUGGAAUUAUUUUUCUGGAGGGGUUGGUUGGAUGAAUGGUUUGUUUACACUCCAGGGGCAUUAGUUCAGUGAGGGAUGGCUGUGGGAGAUCACAACCCUGUGUUCAGGAGAGGCAGGUGCCAAUAUAACUCUGGGCUGAAGCUAGCUGACAUGGGCAGGGCAGGUUGAUUCUGAGACCAUAGCCAUUAACCCUUAGAACGCUGCUGCUUUCCAGCCUGCCACCCAGGUGAACGCUGGUGGAGGGCUAUAUCGGCACCUCCGAAAGCUCCCCAGGAAACAUCCAUUCAGAGCUUUCCACGCUGGCUGCACUGCUGAGUGAACACAGCCCCCGUCUUCAGCCCUGCCCAACACUAGCCAGCUUGCGACUUUGGGGAGAAGGGCAGGAUCCUGCUCAGGCCGGCAGGUGCCUCCCUCUGACUCUUUGUAGAUGACAGGAAUUCACACAACUGCCUAAUGGUGAGCUAGUGACAUGUGCCAAAAAAGAGAGAGCAGCAACGAUGUUAGCCUUGUGCCAGGCCUUGCUGGCCUUUCCUGUGCCACUCCAACCUGCUGCCUUGCAGCUCAGAAUGUUCUGGGGAGGGGAGACCCCCUCCCCUCCAUCUUUGGAAGCUGUGCUUAGCUAGUGACUCUGCAGAUUGUUCGGCUGUGGAGUGCAUCCUCUGGUGGGUUGCUUGUCUCCUCGCCUUUGCCCGGUUUGUUGGCAGGGAGCGGAGAGGCCCACGGGCUCCGUCCCUGGCUGUGUAAAAUUGUACCAUGAAAGCCCCAGAUUUGAAAAUAAAAUUCUAUAAAUCAG